AGAGACUCCGACGCCCAAGUCAUGAGGGGUGAAGACCCGUCCAUCUUUCAUUCCUCAGCUCGGCUCUGACAGCAGCGCGCGCUACACGGAGAACCAUCAGCCGCGGAAGCACUGGCAGAGCAGAGGCGUGUUUCACUCCCGGCACCGCCAAUCAAUGACUGCUGCUCUCUCCGGCUGGGGACGUGGGAUGUUUUGAUGGAAAAAGGCUGCGUGUGAUGCACAGGGCUUUCACCGUCUUGCAGUUCCCCUGGCCAACACUCUGACAGGCGCUGGGCGAGCAGGAAGAGACGCUCGGAGAUGCUCGUAGCGGGUGAACGUUAAUACACAUCUUGCACAACUGGCCCACGACAACUUCCACAUCGGCACGAUCACCCGCGGACGGACUCCGAGCAGAUCCGGCAGUAAAUCGAUCGCUGCUCCUAUACAUUUGAAGUGUCGAGCACCAGGACUGAAACACCUGAAAAGCCAUCAUGAAUUUCCUGCUGAAGGCAGCUAUGGGAGGAGGUCCCCCUGAUGUUGGUAAAAUGCUGGGAGGAGAAGAAGAUAAAGACCCAGAGGCAGAAAAGGAGAAGGAGGAGGAGAGACAGGAAGCUCUGAGACAGGAAGAGGAGGAGAGGAAGGCCAAACACGCCAAGAUGGAGGCCGAGCGAGAGAACAUUCGGCAGGGCAUCAGAGACAAGUACGGCAUAAAGAAGCGAGAGGUGGCGGAAGCGGAGGAGGCGGCGGCGAUGGAGCAGGCAUGCGAAGGCAGUAUGACCCGUCCAAAGAAAGCCGUCCCGUCCGGCUGCGGAGACGAUGACGAGGAGGAAAACAUCAUGGACACGGUGAUGAAGUAUCUACCAGGACCACUGCAGGACAUGCUGAAGAAGUAACACGCGGGGAAAAAAAAUAGAGCACUCGCAGCUUUAGAAAAUUAUUUUAACGUGUUCAGAGUUGGGCGAGAGGAAAGGCGCACUAGAAACGCGAAACACCAUUUACCUUUCACACAUUUCGAUUCGUGAGGAGCUUUAGAUAUUUAGCGACAGAUUAAAACAAUCAAUCAAGCGAGCGGGAUUUAAUUAUGAGAAUAUAAGCCAUAUUUUAUCUUUACCUGAGUCACGUCAUCUCUUCGGCAGUUAUUUCUUAUUCAAUACGUAAACAGCAAUAUAUAUAUGCAUGAAUUGUUCGAUCGUGUCUAUUCCACUGUUUUGUAUUAUCGGUAAAUAAGGUUUUCACGUUCAACACGAGGGGGGUAAAAGAGUUCCUCGUUUGACGCUGUUCUGGUCUUGCAUGUGUCCAUAGUGUUCGUGUGCUCAGACAUCUUGUCUUUGUCGCUGCAGAGAUUGAUAAAUCAGAUAUAGAAGGCAAUAACAUCUUCUCAUGCUGUAAGCUAAAGAACAAUACCUUUGUACAUUUGUCAUGACGGCGUUUAGUUCAUUCUGGCCAACGUUACUGUCACAUUUACUCUGUAGUGUCAUCGUUUAAUGCCUCAAUUCAGUUUUGCAAUCUUGUUGAAAUGCUUUAAAAAGUUCUGAAUUUACGGGGAAAGAGAGAAAAAAAUGUGAUUUGUAAGUUUGGACGCUCUUUGUGUUUGGACUGGACUGUAACUUCUCUGAUCUAGAGCCAUGAGGGAAUUUAUUUAUUUUGUUUUUUGUCUGUGAUCUAAAACAUUCUCAGCAAUAAUAACGUAUUUCUGUUUGCUUGGCUUGCAGUACAACAAGAAAUAAAAUUGUAAGAGUGUAUGAAUGGCUCUGAUGAUUUAAAGAAACAUGGUGAAAUGAUGCUCUGUUUGUUGGGAGGAUUGAUGGGUAUGGCACUGUAAUAAACCAGUCACACAUGUGU